CCUCCCAAAACCCCCCUUCCCAAAAAUAAAUUCCGCGGAGGCUUUCACAUCCGGAAUAGACCUGGCCGUGGGGGUGAGAGGCUCCGAAGGCGAGGAAGCCCAGUGAGGUCCCCUCACACCCAGAGAGCGGGCAGGUCUUGUCCUGUGCGAAGUCUUAGAGCAGCAGACGGGGAACUGCGUUGUGUCUCUGAGGAUGUUUGUGUUGGCGCAUCACUAACUGGUUGAUUGGAUGCGUGGCUUAUGGGUAGGUGAGAGUUUUGUGGCUGUGUGUUGACAUUGUUACUUAAUGUCUCUAGGUUCUGAUUCCUCAGCCUUCUCUCCUUUCAGUCACUUGGGGUCUGCAGCAAGUAAAAGAGGGAAACCAGAUUUUGAACCUUAGAAUGGAGAAUCCCAGCCAGAAGACAGACUUGAUCUUGAGAAAAGACUUUCUUUCGUUUUUUGUUUUUGGUUUUUUUUUUAACAUGGCCUCAUAUUUUAAGGCUGGAGUCUGGGUAGACCUGAUGAGGUUAUCCCAGGAGUAGGAUUACCUUUGGGAGGUUCCUCUCUGGAAGUUCCAAGGAGUUAAUGACAUGUUUUCAUAACUACAGUAUUUCCAAAAACUUUGGCCAAAGGCUCCGACAUGACCCUGGCCUCUCUUGGGUUGGGAAGAUCAGUUCUAGUCUCCUUCCUACCCAGGUCUGGUAAUGUGUGGGUUAGGUGAGCAGGUGAAGCAAGAAUUAAAAGACAGGCAGUGUAGAUAGGUGAUCUUGGUUGGUGGGGAAGAUGGCAGAUGAUUCAAAGGGAAUGGAGUGUUAUCUUUUUCUUCCUCUAGUUAAUUGCUCCUGAACACACCCACUGUCUGAGGAUCUGGGAAGUGGAAUAUCUCCCAAAUUAACAUGUGAAUCCUAGCAUACCAUAAGGGCGCCCUGGGACCCCCUACCAGAGCACACCUGGAAUGUAACUCUUCUAGGGUUCCUUUAAAAACCCCCUGUCCCUCCUGAUUGACAUUCAUAGCCUUUGGGAGAGGAGUCCCCUGUUUUUCUCCUUUGAUAGCAAAGCAAUAAAACAACCUUUUGCUUUUUCUCAAAACUAUGUCCUCAUUAUUAAAUUGGCAUUAAUUGGCACUGGGGACAAGGAGUGAACUUUCUGCGACAGGGACAGAUACUCUUACUUCUUGGGAUAGGAGGACACCAGCUAUGGCCCUCUUUUCCCUUUCAGGAGACAUCUGUUACUAUUAUUUAAAUAAAACUAACUUUCUCUGCUUGCCUCUUUUCCCAGUGCCACGCCUCUCUAAAAAACAGACAAAUAAAAAUCCUGGAAGAAGAAAGAAUUUUUGUUGCACAUCUGAAAGUUAAAAGUUCAGCUCUGGCUCUCUGAACUUUUCUUCUCUAAUAGAGGAAUACCAAGGAAGGCCGGCAUGGUUAAAUCAUGGCCCAGGACAAAGACAGCUUAUUGCUUUGCUACCAAAGGAGAAAUACAGGGGACUCCUGUACCACAGGCUGUGAUUCUUCCCAUCAGCAAGAACUAGAGGUUUUCAAAGAGGUACCACUGACUUUCAGUGAUGUUGCCAUAGACUUCUCUCAGGAGGAGUGGGAAUGUUUAAACUCAGAUCAGAGGGAUUUAUACAGAGAUGUGAUGGUGGAGAAUUAUAUCAACUUGGUCUCUUUGGACUUUGAUUUCUCAACUGAGACCAACAAGCUGUCUUCAGAAAAAAACAUUUGUGAAAUAAAUUCACACCAUAAGGAGACAUUGAAAAGAAAUAAAACCUUCAACCUGAUGGGGUUUAUUUUCAGUAAUGAGCCACCAUGGAGAAUUGAAUUUGGGAGACAGCAGGGAACUAAAGUGGAAUGUCAAAUGAUAAUCAGAAAACUUGUAUCCCUUCCUUUCCACCAGAGAACUCAUGCUGUAAACAAAUCAUACAAAUGUCAGAAAUGCAGGAAAUGCUUUAGAAAAUCUUCACAACUUACUGAACAUCUGAGAGAACAUACUGGGGCGAGUGCCUAUGUGUGUAAGGAAUGUGGAAAGGCCUUUGUAAUUCUCCGGAAUUUUAUUAAACAUCAAAAAUUUCACACUAAUCCUAAACCCUAUGAAUGUAAUAGAUGUGAGAAGGCGUUUAGGUUUUCUUCAGAGCUGAUCCGACAUCAGAUGAUUCAUACUAGUGUGAAGCCCUAUGAAUGUGUGCGGUGUGGAAAGGCUUUUAAACGUCAGUCUCACCUUGUUGAACAUCAGAGAAUUCAUAUUGGUUUGAAACCCUAUGAAUGUAAGGAUUGUGGAGAGAGCUUUAGGUUGUACCGACAUAUGUGUCUGCAUCAGAAAAGUCAUCAUGGUGUGAAGUCCUAUAUCUGCACAGAAUGUGGGAAGGCCUUUGGUCGUUGUUCGGGUCUUAUCCAACAUAGGAAAAUUCAUUCUGGUGAGAAACCAUAUAAAUGUAAACAAUGUGGAAAGGCCUUUAUUCGCAACUAUCUACUGAUUGAACAUCAAAGAAGCCACACUGGUGAGAAACCUCAUGAAUGUGUGGAAUGUGGAAAGGCCUUUAGCAGGGGCUCUAGCCUACGGAACCAUAAAAGAAUUCACAGUGGAAAGAACCUCUACGAUUGUACGGAGUGUGGGAAGGCCUUUAAGAGGGUCUCAAGCCUUCGUAACCACAAAAGAAUCCAUAGUGGUAAGAACUUCUAUGAUUGUAAGGAGUGUGGGAAGACCUUUAGCAGGGGCUCAAGCCUUCAUAACCAUAAAAGAAUUCAUAGUGGUGAGAACCUUUAUGAUUGUAAAGAGUGUGGGAAGACCUUUGGUCGUCGCUAUCUACUUGCUCAACAUCAGAGUUUUCACAGAAGUGAGAAAAGAGGAAAGCCUUGAGCCGUAGCACAACCUUUAUUGUUAUCACUGUUCCACCUCCCGAUGAUAUCAUCAUGGUAAAGAUAACACAAGUUAUGAAAUAAAAAUCCUUGGAAGGAUUUCUGGCACCUUAGUAUUUACUUAAUAUAUUCUUUUAUGUCCAUGAUUAAUAUUAUUAAAAAUAAAUUCAUGAGUAAGAAAGA